AUGUCGGGGCCUCCCUCCGAGGCCGAGGCCGCCGAGGCCGCCGAGGCCGUCGCGGCCGUGGCGCGGCCUUCGCUGGACGGGGACGGAGGACAUCGGGCCGAAGACUCGCCAAAUGCGUGGGCUCAGCAGACCAUGGGGCGAAUGGCACCACCGCCACAGGAUGAGGAGGAGUCUCCGACCAGCACGGCACAUUUUCCAUUUGGCCUCUCACACGAUCCUUAUGGCACCUUCGUCAAACAGCAGCUCAUGCUUCUGGAGGACGAGCUGCGCUCUCUUGGGAUGGAGGACAGCUUGGUGCAGGAGCAGCUUCGAGCUUUGGAGGCUCAGCUUCGAACGCGCAAGCCCCCGACACUUGCGGGGCCGCAGGAGACGCUGGUUUCCGCCGGCGCGCCGCCUCGCGGCCGCUCUGCCAGGUGGGCGGAUGAGGAGAACGGCUACGGGGAUGUGGUGCAGAAUCAGGCGGGCGCAAUGCAGAUGCACGAGCGUCAGGUGGCCCGCCAAAGACAGCAACUGGAAUACAGUUUCGCCGAGCUAUCCCGCAACCCACAUGGCAUGAGCGAAGGCGAGAUACUUCGGAGCAAGGCCUUGGAGCAGCGCGUGCAGCAACUGAUCGAGCGUCGGGAGCAGCGCGAGCGGCUUCGCAGUGGGAACCCACCACGCACGGCUGCACCUCAGGCAGUUCCAACGGUGCCCGGCCCGGGCAGCGGUGCGGUGCCUCCAGGGCCGACGGCGAGCUUCGUCCCGUUUGGUGACCGUGGUCUUCUACCGGAAGCAGGAGAUGAUGCUUUUGCUUCCCCGGAAGCAAGCCGCUUCCAGUUGGACCCGUCUGCCGUAAUGACGGCUCGGAAUUGGAGCCCUGGGCAUUCGCGGCCUGACGUGGCACGGUUCGACCUGGAUCCUGUGACGCAGCGUGAUUGGCUGAGACCAGGUACAAUGGUGCCCGACUGGAACUACACUCCCAGCUACAUGCGCCCCCAACUUGUUUCAGGCCCCGCACAUCCUGCACAGCCAGGCCUCAUGAGUCAGGACUCUAGCCCUGCUCACGGCACGGCCCCAACGCUGUUCGAUCCGACUAGUCCCCACGCAGCCAGUUCUGGGCAGCGUUCGCAGCCCUCGUGGCGCAGUCGCUCCGCCAGCCCGGGGCCGGCCACGGAUGCCGCCGUGGCGAUCGGCGACCGCGUAGAUGAGGAUCCGAUGUCUGUCAUGGAGCAAAGUCGCAAAGUUGCAGAAGAUGCGCUGUACCAGAAUGAAGCAGGCCGUAAGAAAGCAGAACGUGAACGCCAGAAGGCGGCCGAGGAGCGGCGGAAGGCGGAACUGGCAAUGCAGCAAGCGGAGGAGGAUCGCUUGCGUGCAGAGCGAGAGUUCGCGGAGGCAGAGCAGACCCGGCGAGAGGAGGCGAAGCAGCGGCAACGUGACAAGCGUGGGGCGGCCAUGCGCAAGCAGCAGGAUUCAGAGAAGAAGCGAAGGGAAGAAGAGGAGGAGAUGCGCAGGAUGCAAGAGGAGAUGGAUGUGCAAGCGCGGGAGGAGAGGGAUGCAGCAGAAAGGGAGCGGACAGAACGAGAGCGAGCCAUGGCGGAAGAAGCCGAGCGUCUCACGAAGGGAAAAAUGGAUCCAAAGCUGAAUCCACGACGUUUCUUCGCCAACAAUGCGAAGCUGGACGGAAAAGCCCGCAAGGAAGAAGUGGAGAAGUGCCGGGAGUUGAUGCAGAAGCUGAUGGCAACGGAGGCGGCGCGCUUCCUCCAGGCUGUAUGGAGGGGCCGCGGUCCUCGCAAAGCGCUGAGAGCUUUGAAAGACAUUGAGCGCGCCAAGUUCGAUGCCACCAAGCGGCGCCUGGCUGAGGCCGCUGAAAAGAUCGCAAGGAACAAGGAGCGAGAGCGGCUUGCGGCGCGACUGAAGGAAAUCUCUGCCACAGAAGCUAUCCUUCGAGAUGUUUGGAGCAAGUGGCGCGAGAGAGCGGCCAUCAAGAUGCAAGCGCACUUCCGCGGUGCCAAGACACGCAAGCAGUUUGCCAGUCGGUGGGCGCAACAUCUGCGUGAGCGCGAAGCUGCGAAGCAGGAGCGGAAGCGUGUGUGGGCCGAACGUCAGGAACGCUGGGUGCUGGAAGCAAAGCGGGCUCGGCGCAAAGCCUGGGAUGCAGAGGUAGCCGCCAUGCGUGAGCGUGUUGCGCUGAUGGACUUGGAGCGCCGAGAGCGUGAGCUGGCGGCGCUCAGGCUCCAAUCGGCUCUCCGAGGUCAGCUGGAGCGUCCGAGCACCUGGAACCUCUUUGGCAGAGCCGAGUCAGUGAACUGCCGUGUGCACGGCGAGCAUUGGCUCAAAGUGUCAGAAGACGGUGAGCGCAUCACAUGGCGCAACCCGCGCUUUUCUGACUGGGAGCUCCGCUGGGGCGAUCGUGUCUGGCGGGUCCAUUGCUGUGUGUUGGUGGGUGGGAAGAGGCCAGCGCACUUCUUUGCUGGUGCUUCCCGCGAGGGUGUGUACGAAGGAAGAGAGACGGACCUGGCAGUGCUGUGCCCGGAAUCGUGCAAAGACCACGUCGAGCGCGCCCUCGACUUCAUCUAUGGCGAGGACCUUGGGGCGGUGAGCCCCGAGCAUGUGAUGCCACUGCUGAAGAUUGCAGACACGUUGCAGUGUCCCACGCUGCAGAAUACAGUUCUGGAUGCUAUGGAGCAUGCAUCUGGGACUCCAGGCGCCAUCGAAGUAUGGAUGCGAGAUGCUUGCAUCAUGAAUUUGAACCGCGUUCUGGAAGAGCUGGUUGCAUGCCUGCCCAGAAGUCGUCUCAUUAACUUGAACUUGGACAUAUUGGACAACGACAACGUCUUAGUAAUGAGAGCCGUUGCCAAGCGCAUGGUGGAGGACCGGAUGGUGCAAUGGGGAUCCUUCGAAGGUCACGGUCAGCUGAAUUCUGACGGGAGUAUCUCCCUGAGCCUGCCUACCGUGGCACAGGAGCAGUCGCGCAGAGGCCUCUGGUGCCGGGCCACAGGCCUGGGCGAAGCCUCGAGAGGCCGACACAUCUGGCGCAUUCGGGUGGACUCCGUUCCCACGAUCGGGGCAGCUCCGGACUGGUACAUCGUGGCCGGAGUGAUCUCGCGGGAGCAGACGGACCUUUCCACGAACAAGUCCAGGGCCCUCUGGGACACUGACCACCACUUCCUAGAAACGUAUCAGGCGGGGUCCUUGCUCAACUUCCACCACCACCAAACAAAGGUCCUGGUGAAGCACGCAGAAGGUGCAGCAUGCUCGCACCAAGUUGACAAUGUUCAGCGGUUGCAUCCAGGAGAUGUGAUCUCCAUCUGUCUCGAUUUGAAUGAUGGCACUCGCAACGCUGACAUCGUGUGGCGGAUUAAUGAUACAGAUGUUGCUUUCCCGGAGUCUGUCAAACUCAGUCCGACCGUCUACCGUGUUGGCGUGGAGCUGUACAAGCAUUUGUAUCAAGCAGAUAGCUUGAGAGUGACACUCGAGCAGCACACAGGCGCCAGUGCCGCAAUUACCCGUGAAGAUCGGAAGUCCGGACUUCUGGAUGACAAGUCUGGCAAGACUGAGCAACGCAUGUCUUGGAUGCCAAGCUGCACAGACCGCCUCAAAGCCGCAGCAGAGGCCGAGAAGAAGAAGCUAGAAGAGGCAGCUCGGAGGCGGCAGGACGCUCUACGUGAGGCGGAGGAACGCAAGCGCCAGCAGGAGGUCCUCAAAGCCCAGGAAGCAAUCCGUGACUUCGAGUUUCGCUGGAAGACGUACCAUGCCACAAAAAUACAGUCCAUGGUACGUGCUCGCAACGAUCGCCGACGAGCUGCCGCAGAGAAGGCCAAAAAGGAGGCAGAGGCCAGCGAGCGGAGAGCAGCCGCGCGAAGGGAGGAAGAGCGCAGGAGGCGCUUGGAGGAAGAGAAGCGAGCGCAGGAAGCACUCCGCGCGCAGCAGAUGGGUGUCGGUGCCAUGCGAAAGCUUUUGGCGGAUAUGGAAAACCGUCGACUUGGCCAGUAUGUGAUCAAGCUGCAGGCACGGUGGCGCGGGCGCAUGGCUCGCAAGCGCUACGCGGAAGUGAAGGAGAUUUUGCGGCGUGAGAAGGCCAAGGCCCGGGAUCUCAAGCGUGCACGGCACCUGGCCGAGUUCAGGGAGCGGAAGCGUUUAGAGGAGCUUCGGCGCAAGGAAAGGCGGCAGCACGAGGUCUCAAAGUUCUCGAAGCGCCUACACGAUGUGGAAUUCAUACAGAAGACCCGAGCUGCCAGGCGGAUUCAGGGUGCCUACCGCGUCCGACGUGCAAAGCUACAGCUGCGGAACCUCAAGCAUGAGCGCGACGAAAAGGAGUACUCUCAACGUGCAGCGGUCAAGCUCAAAAUCGAGCGUGAGCGGCAAGAGAAACUCAAAGAGCAGAAGGCAAAGGAAGCCGCCGCGAAGGCGAAGCUUCAACGCGAGGUGCAGGGCUACCGGCACAAGGUCGACGCCAUGGAGUUCCGCGCGCAGGAGCAGGCGGCGGUGCGCAUCCAGGCCAUCAUGAAGGGCUCAGUGCAGCGGCUCAGGUUUGCGACGGCCAGGAAGCUUGCAAAGGAGAAAUACGACAUGGAACAGUCCAAGGCAAAGCUGGACAAGAAGGUGGCAGAGGAGUUGAGGAAGCUGGAAGAGCAGCAAAAGGCCAACCAGCUGAAGCUGGAGCAGGAACAGCGCAAGAUGGAGGAAAAGUACAGGAUUGAGCGCGAGAAGGCAGAGCAGAAAAAGGAGGAGGAAAAGGCAAAGCUGGAGAAGAAAUUAGAAAAGGAAACAGAGCGCAUUGAAAAAGAACGUGUGAAGAUGGAGGAGGCAAUGCAGAGGGAACGCGAGAAGCUGGAACAGGAGCGAGAGGCACUGAUGGAGCAGAUGGACGGUGCUUUGCCGACUUCAUCAGGGAGCAGAGGCCCCACCAUGCCCUACAAGUCCGUGGUGAAGGCGUCUAUGGAGAUGCGGAAGGAGGAGCACAUUCUAGCAAAGGAGAGACAGCUCGAGGCGACCUUGAAGAAGUUGGCCGAAACCCAGGAAGCCGCCGCCGUCGCCGCUGCCGUCGCUGCUCCGGCUCCUGGGGCCUUGCUGGAGGAGGCACGGCCUCCAAGCGUGGCGGCCUGUGUGGCCGCACACGCCAACAGUGCUCUGAAUCCUGGUGCCGUGGAGGCUGCCGUGGCGUCCUUCACUGCCAAACCUCCAGCGGAGGAGUUGCGCCGGCAUACGGCUCCACCGACGGUUUUCCAGGCUGCAGAUCAAUCACCGGGCCGGCCGCCCUCAGGGCUGUCCCACGCUGCUGCUGCUUCGAUGGUCCGACCACAGGACCUGGCAGCCGUGAGGUCACACCAGUCUCCACUGGCACCUGCUCUAGCUGCAGCCAUUCCGGAGGCCUCCUUCGCCCCCUCGAAGGCUGGAUAUGGCGGGGUUUCCCCGUCGCGGGGAGGAGUUACAGCCAGCCAGUUUCCGGCCGCAGCCGCGCCCUCCGUGCCCACUUUGCCAGCAGCAGCGCUGCAGCAGCCGCCUGAGGUGCUCUUUGAUCAGCUUGAUCGAAACCGAGACGGUGUCCUUUCGCGAGAGGAGUUUCUCCACAUCCAGGAGUUGCGGUCUCCGAGGGAUCAGCGGGCAGAGGAAGCCAUGCUUUGGCAGUCACCCUCGGAGGUCGCGAGCCCAACGGGCCUCUUCACCUUCGAGGACUUCCAUAGCCGUCUGAACUCGGGCUUGCUGACAGAAGAGGCCCUGGUCAUGGAGAUCGAUCGAAGGCAGCUGGAACUUCAGGGUCUGCAUCAGCAACUGGCACAACAGGCAGCUGAAGAGCAGAAGCUGCGGCAGCAGAUCGCACAGCCUGGCCGGACGCUCACUUGCCGGCAGUGCGAUGACAGAACCUCCAGCUUGAAGUGCCUGUUUAGCGCCCUGGCGGUCGUUACUGACAUGGCUGUGCAGCUUCAUCUUCCCCCGAUGGAAAAUGUGGAUUACCUGGUGGAUCCAAGCGAGCCACCACUGCCCGUGAUCCAUGACUACCUCUUACAGCUGGCAGACGUAGCACAGAGUUGUGGGGAGGUCGAUCAGCGAUUUGGACAGCUGGCUGCUUACUCUAAGCAGAAAGCCGCGAUGAUCCAGGCUCACCUUGCAUCGACGCCGGCGGCACCGGUGCCUCAGGAGGUUGCCGUGGCAGGUCAAGCGCCCGCAGAGGCAGGCGACGCCAGCUCCAGCCAGCUUCCAUCCGAGGUGGCCAGCGCCGUUGAAAAACAGCCACGGCAGGUGCCAAGCGAUGCUACAUCCUCCGUGAAGGCCAUGGCUCCUACACCGACAGACGACACGGCGGAGAAGGCCGCUGGGGAUUGA